AUGAUUCUUGGCAUCGAUGUCACGCAGCCGGGCAGUGCAUCCAUGAAAAAUGCACCGAGUAUUGCUGCUGUUGUUGGUAGUGUGAACGCAGAGUUUCUCAGUGGCCUGCCAGCUUCAGAGCAAACCCCGUCGCAGGAAAAGAUGCAAAUGAAAAGCAGUCCAUGGAACGAGUCUUUGAUCUAG